AUGAGUGACGAUGCUGAUCUGGACGGUGAGGUCGACGAUAGACCUAGAAAGAAAAUGAGAAAGGGGACACACAGUUGUGCCGAGUGCCGUCGACGCAAAGUACGGUGCAUCUUCGCCUCAUCCACCGCGCAGAUAUGCAACGAGUGUGUCGCACGUGGCACCCGCUGCCUCUCGCAAGAAGAGGAAGAGCCUGUCCCUGACACACGCAAGAACCUGCGUGAGCGCGUAGGUCGGCUCGAAGGACUCGUGGACCGCUUAUUGUCGAGGAACGGGUUCUCUUCUGAAGACCUCAGGAGGACAGUCGCGGAGACUGGAAUCGAUAUCGACCUCGCGACACCAGGUGACGUACCGCACGACGUCUCCGAAAGACGUGUGAGCGUAUGCGAAUCCGCGCCUGCACUUUCUCUAUUUGACAAUGCUAUUUUUGGACGUAAACCCGACCAGGCAGAUCUAGAUGCCUGUGAAGCAGAGAGCUCGACGCUCGUCGAUUCCUGCGAGUCCUCCGCCGCAUCACCAGGAACAGUCAGCAACACCGCUUCCAAAGUAAAGUUCGACACUGUCAGGCGCGCACUGACACGUACAAUCCCCUCCGAGCGAGACCUCGACACCCUCUUCCGCCAUGCCAGUGGCUGGUGGGUCAUCUGGCGCGAUCUGUGCGCUUCUAUGGGAGGCACAGACCAGAUGUCCCUCUCCGCCGUCCUGCGACGCGCGCUCUCCAAAGGCCACCCGGCGAUCAUCGCCCAUGCAUUGCUCUGUAUAGCAGUGACCAUCCAGCAGCUGCCAGGGGACUUCGACUUCUCCCAACUCAACCUUCCGCUCAGCGCAGAUGCGCUCAUGAAGCAUUAUAUGAUGCUCGUUCAACGACUCAUCGUAUUCGAUGCCGAGUUUGCCAGCUCUCUCGAUGGACUGGACUGUAUGAUCCUCCAGGGAAGGCUGCACCUCAACCUCGGUCAACCCAGGCAGGCAUGGACGACCUACCGCCGAGCGAUGAGCUUUGCUGUCCUCAUGGGCCUACAACGAGACCCCGUUGUGCGAGGUGACAAAGCUACACCGCUAUGGAAACGAAGGCGCAUGACCUGGUGGCGCAUAUACGAAGGCGACAGGUACCUCUCCCUCCUCCUUGGUCUACCCUAUGCCGUCUGUGACGCCCACUGCAACCUCACCAUUGACGAGGAGGACGAGGCGGAGACACCAGAACUCUUCCGUCGGAGAAUCACUCGGCUCGCAGGGAGGAUCAUCGACAGGAACCAGAACUUCAACGGGCCUGACCUGACCCUCACCCUCGAGAUAGAUCAGGAACUUGAAGAGCUCGGCCGACGCCUCCCUCCCAGGUGGUGGGACGUCACCCAGGCCCAGCAUGAGGGCCGUGCGAGCCACUACGACCGCCUCAUGUGCCAGCUCUGGUACCACCAAGUCCGGGGGCUCUUGCAUCUCCCAUUCCUCCUCCGCUCGCUCACGGAUGUACGAUUCGAGUACUCCCGUUUGCUCUGCCUAGAAAGUAACCGCCAGAUGUUGCGCAGGUAUAUCCAGCUCCGUAUUGACCGCCAUUCUGCCGCGUACAUGUGCAAAGUCAUCGACUUCCAGGCCUUCACUUCAGCGGUCCUGUUGUUCCUACAUCUUGUCGGCAUGGGCAAGCUCUGGCCGGAAGGUGAGCAGCGGACGGACGAGGCUCAGAACGCAGAAGAUUCCGCGUAUAUCGACCAGACUAUCCAUUUCCUCCGUUGUGCCUCGGUCGAGGAGCACAGUAUGGUCGCUACCCAAGCGCUUGAGGUGCUUGAGAGUCUCCAGCAAGCACGGAACAUGUCCAAUGACGGAAAAUGCCGAUGUACGAACAAAACCCUCGUCAUACCCUUUUUUGGCACUUGCAGAACGACACUACUCUUAGCGGGUCCAUCUCUUCCCCAAGCUCUGGCCCGCCCAAGAAGAACUAUUCCAUCACUGUCGACUCCUCCGCUCCGCGCACGAGUAUCCUCAACCCAAUCGACCCUCCUAUGCCUCCACAACAAGUGA